UUCCUCCUGCCGAGACGUCGGAUCCCUCUGCAGGUGGGUGCUUGAUAAGGGAGUCGCCGGGCGGAGCCCACCUGCCCGCUUCCGGGCCUGCUAAGGGGCUCUAUUGGCUGGGGUGGAUCUCCCGCCCUUCCUCCUGCCUAGAAGCUGCCAGGCUUUUGCUUCGGCUGGGGCUCUAUCCUCCCCUGCCGGCGAGGCCCCGCCCGGCUCCCUCCCUAAACUAGAGAAUGUGACUGCCAAGGAGAAUGUGAGCUGGGUCCUAGCCUGCAGCUGCAGCAGGCCGGGGAGAGUGUGCGGUCAGGUGAGCCCCGGAGGCAGAAUUUGCUACCCGGACAGCUGGGAAAGAUUGCAUCUUCUGCUGGGGAGGAAGAAACCGUCUAAGAAAAAAGCGCGGUCCUCGAAAAUAUCACCACCAGCACCCUACCUAUGCCGGUAUUCAGAGGUGUGUUGGAACUAGCCAAGAAGACUCAUGAGAACUGAUGGUUAAAUACAUUGCAGAAAUUGAAUUAUUAAAGAAAUCCUGAUGAGUCUGCUCCAUUUUGCAACUAGAAGACUAAUUCUCCAAGUGCUUUGUGAAUUGGGACUGAAGGCUCCUCCUGUCCAUAAAACUUUAAAGAUUUGCAUAGCAAUGUCUCGUCCAAGUUCAAACAUGGCAGAUUUUCGGCGCUUCUUUGGCAGGGCAAAGCAUAUAGCCAUUAUUACAGGAGCUGGGGUCAGUGCUGAAAGUGGUUUGCCAACGUUCAGAGGACCUCAUGGUUUCUGGAGAAAAUGGAAAGCUGAGGACCUUGCCACCUCUGAAGCCUUUACCCAGAAUCCGUCUCUGGUGUGGGAGUUCUACCACUACCGGCGAGAGGUGGUAUUGCAGAAGCAGCCCAACGCAGCCCAUUUAGCAAUAGCGGCCUGUGAGGAAAGGCUGAGUCUUCAAGGAAGGCGUGUAGUAGUCAUCACUCAGAACAUAGAUGAGCUCCAUACCAAAGCAGGCACUAAGAACCUCCUGGAACUUCACGGCAGUUUAUUUAAAACUCGAUGCUGCAGUUGUGGAAAUGUGAGAACGAAUUACAACAGUCCAGUUUGUCCAGCUUUAGAAGGAAAGGGUCUCCCAGAUCCUAAUGCUCUAGAUGCCAAAAUCCCACUCGAAAAUCUUCCCAGGUGUCAAGUAAACAAUUGCAAUGGCCUCCUUCGACCCCAUGUGGUAUGGUUUGGGGAACAUCUGGACCCCUUGGUUCUUGACGCGGUUAACAAAGAGCUUGCUGUCUGUGACUUAGGUUUAGUGGUGGGAACGUCUUCUUUGGUUUAUCCUGCAGGUAUGUUUGGCCCACAUGUAGCAUUGAGAGGAAUACCUGUGGCUGAAUUUAACACAGAAGUCACCCCCGUUACGAAAAACUUCAGAUUUCAUUUCUCAGGACCUUGUGGCACCACUCUCCCUGCAGCACUUUCCCCUCAUGAAUCUGAAAAAACAGGUUGAUUAUUUGUGAACAAGAGGAAAAAAAUGUCAUUUUCAAGUGCUAAGCUAUAAAUAAAACUUAAGAGGGGUAGGGGGAAGGGAGGGAAACAAACUUGUGGAUAAACAGAGAAUGGUCUCCUGCCCUUAUUACUAAAAAUGAAACAAAUCCAUAGAUAUUCUGGUGGUCACUCACAAUGAUGAUAUCAAACAAAUUACCCGUCACAUUUGUGUUGAACUGAAGCAUGAUUCUUCAGUGUUUUAUAAACCAUCUAGAUUUUUAACCUUUAUUUAAUCUGUAAUCCUGAUAGUAUUUUUUCCCCAGAUGUGAGGAUAUGGAUUUGCUUUUUUUGGGUAGGCAGUGAAGCAUUGCCUUUCUUCAGCUCCAAUGUUUACAUAAAUACUUUGGCAGAAAAUAAAUUCACUGUAAUUUAUUGUAUAAAGAGAUUUACCCAUUA